UAUAUAGCAGCGGCAGGCGUCACACUAUUUGAACGAGGGAAGGGAAGAUGAAGAAAAUGUGAAGAAAAAGCACACACUGGACAGCGAUGAGGAGGAGGAAGAUGAUCAUAAGAAACUUGAUAUGAGAAAGGUUGAAGGGCAAGAGGAUUCCACACUUGACUUCGACGGCUCCAUGAAAAUCACCGCUUUCAAUAUGAAAGAAGAUAUGGAGGAUGGACAUUUUGAUGAUGCAGGAAAUUUUAUAUUCGAUAAGAAAGAGAAAGUAAGUGGUUUUCUCCUUCAGGAAAUCAAGGAUGCAUGGCUGGAUGAUAUCGAUUGGACUACCAUAAAACAGAAAGCCGGCGACCAGUGGGAGCAAUCAAAUGACAAGGAUGAUGACGACGUUGCCCCGCCGACACUCAAUGACAUACGUCGAAAGGAAAUUUUUAGUUCUUUAAUCUCCCGUAUGAAACCCAAUCAGACUGUUGCUAAAGCUCUUGCAGAACUGAAGAAGGCGAAAGGACUAUCCGCUGCUGAAGAGCGGAAGCUAAGAUGGAAAGCCAAAAAGGAAGGAAAAACGAUGAGCGAAACUGACUCCCAAAAGGAAACACAACUGAUUAGCGGGUUGGCAGACGAAUUGAUUUCUGCUGGUCAUUUGUUAUAUUGGUUAACGAGGACAAGAAAAAUUAGUUCACCACGAUAUCAGGUCUUGAGAACAAUUUUUGAACUGCAUUUGAUCUGCGAAGCUCGUAAAAAUUUCGAAAUUUUAAUAAGUUGUUUUUACUCUCUGAUGGCUGAUGUGGGAUUUGACAGGCUCAUUCGCUUAUCUUUUCAGAUGGAUGUUUAUGAAUGGACACGAGAAAAGUUUGAGUUUUUAGUAAAAAAGCUGGAAAGUACGGCUGUGGACUCUGUCGACAUGUUCUCAGAUGAGCCAGCUACAGUAUCAUCUGCUCAAGCUGCAGCUUCGUCAAUCAUGGAUGAAGAAGAGCAGCAGUGGGAGUACAAGGACUCAGAAUCGAGUGAAAUUCAGGGUCCCUUUUCAUCAUCUGAAAUGGCUCGACGUCAGCAAAAUGGGAAGCUGUCAAGCACCGGCCUGGCCAGGAAAUCUGGGGCUGCUUCAUUUAAUCCCGUAGCGCGCAUAGAUUUUGAGCUGUACUGUUGA